AUGUAUCUUAGGAUUUUGAAGGCAAUUGAUGAGGAAGUAGUUGAUAGAGAUGUGAUAAGGAGUCAACAGGUUAAUUUUAAGAAUUGUUUUAAAAACUGUAAUGCUACAAUUUCCAUUGGUGAAAAUAUAUCUCCAACAGAGAGGGGUACAAUCAAACAGAAAUUGAUAACCUAUUCAAUUCUAUAUAAUAUUGUACUAUCUAACCUCUCAUACAAGCAGCUUACAGCCACUGAAGCUGAACCCAUUUUAGUGGGUGUCUGUAAAGCGGGUUUGGAAUGUACCUAAAUUUUUUAUUUGCCUAAUAUACAAGCUUGUUAAAGUUUGUCAUUCAAGUUGUUUUUGUUGUGACAAAGUCCACCAUGCCACACACAUGAAGUUGUCGGUGCUAAUAUGAAUCUAAACAUGUUGCGCAAAGGGCUAUGCUGUACAUGUGUGAAACUGCUCCUUAUGAAAAUCAAAAUCCUUUGGAGUUAAAACACUGCUUCUAGAAUCUUGCUUGUCACAUCUUGAAACUUGUGUAAAGACUCAAAGAUUUGAUUUAAGACUGUCAACUUUUGUGGAGUUUCCGUUGGUUGCUUGUACAAGUUUGUAAAACCAUUUACUAAUCAAUCAGUUUAGAAGCUGAAUUUUUCUUUGAUGAACAGGAAGCAGAGAGGAACACAAAAAUUAAAGAUCACAUCAGGGAUACGUGCAUCACAGAGCUCGUUGACUCUUGGUUUCAGAUUCUGGUAGGUGGGAAUCUUGUAUUUUGGUUCAACAAUGAGGUUUAGGUUUUGCUGACUGUUUUUUUUAUUACGUUUUGUGUGCAGAAAACAUAUGAAAAUAGUGUGUCAACGUGCCUUUGCCUAGACAUUAUUGGAGCAUAUAUUGAAUGGAUCGAUAUUGGCCUCAUUGCAAACGAUUGA